AUGGGUGUAGUUAUACGAAAUAGUGAUGGUGAGGUUUUAAGGGUGGGCUGUCAGCAAGCAAAGCAAGCACUUGAGCCAUCUAUAGUAGAAGCCAAGGCAAUAGUGUUUGGCUUACAGAUGGCUGUUCAAAUGUAUGCCAAACUGAUAGUGUUGGAGGGUGAUUGUCUAAAAGUGAUCAGCAAAUGCAAAAACAAGGAGCUUGAUGGGACCUAUUUGGGUGUGAUGAUCCGAGAAAUUUUAGCUCUUGCUAAUAAUUUUGAAGCUGUUAGUUUUGAGUAUGUAGUUAGAGAAGCUAAUGGGGUGGCUCAUGCCAUUGCUCACAUUACCCCUCUUGAUUAUAGUACAAGAGUUUGGGUGGGUGGGUGGGUGUCCAGUAGUGAUAGAAGAUGUUGUGGCGUCUGA